GCGUCCAAUUGCGUCCAUAUCUCAAUCUAUGAAUUUUUGGCAUGUUUAUAAAGAUCGUAGGUUUUGGGAGCAGUUUUGAGGGUGAAGAAAGCUUCAAAGUAUUGACAUGGAUGUUGAUGAGAUCUACUCUCAUAUUGGGGAGUUUGGUCCCAUGCAAAAGAAGUAUGUCUUUGGGAUUUGUUUAUCAAGUUUGUACACUGCAUUCAUAAAUUUAAAUCUGGAAUUUGCUGCAUUUACACCAGAAUUUUCAUGCUAUCCAAAAGAUGGUGGCUCUACACCACUUCUCAACAGAUGUCCAAACAAUGAAAUAUCAAAGUGUGUUGACUUCAAGUAUCACUCAAAUUACACAACAUUGGUUACAGAGUGGGACCUGGUGUGCGACCAGGCGUACCGGGCCAAGGCCAGCCAGUCGGUAUACAUGGCCGGCCUGAUGCUGGCUGCUCCUCUGAUGGGGCCGCUGGCGGACAGGAUCGGCCGCCAGCGCACCAUGUUCCUGUGCCUGCUGAUGCUGAUCGCCUGCCUGGGAGGCAGCAUGGCGGCGCCCACCUACGAUAUAUUCGUGCUGCUUCGAUUCGUCUCGGGCUGCGUCAUGAUCGGCGUGAUCCUUUCAUCAUUCGUGCUGGUUUCGGAGCUGGUGGGCGGUGCUCAGCGGGCGUUUGUCGGCAACCUCAUCAGUGCCACGUUCGCGCUGGGCAUACCGGCACUAUCAAUGUCUGCGGCGCUGGUACAUAGCUGGCGUCACCUGUACCUGCUCAUGAUGGUGCUCGGAUGCUGCUACUGCACCCUCUACUUCUACAUCCCGGAGAGCCCUCGCUGGCUCCUGCUGAAGGGCCGCCCGGAGGCAGCACUGCGUAUCCUGCAGCGCACGGCCCGUGGUAACGGAGUCCCUCUCCCGGCCGGCACUACACUGCGAGCACCGGCCGGUCGGCCCGCCGCCGGAGCGGGCCCCCCGGCCGAGGGCGUCACAUCGCUGUUCAAGUACCGCAAGGUGGCCGUCUGGACACUGAUCAUGAUGUUUUCGUGGUUCGUCAACAACCUGUGCUACUACGGGCUGACGGCGGCGGCUGCCACCAUGGGCAGCGAUCGCUUCUCCUCGGUGGCCCUCAGCGGCCUUAUCGAGCUGCCCGCCUAUGUCAUCGUCGCCCUCGUCCUCAACAGGUUCGGACGACGGAUGCCGCUGUGCGCCUUCAUGCUGCUGGGUGGCGUCUGCUGUCUGUCCAUCGUCGGCCUGCCGCGGCGGGACGAAAUGUCACACGUCAGGAUGAUGCUGGGGCUCAUUGGCAAGCUGUGUGUGUCGGCCAGUUUUUCGGUUAUCUUCAUCCACUCGGGGGAGAUUUUCCCGACGUCGAUCCGAAACACGGGCUACGGCUUGGUUAACGUGUUCGCUCGACUCGGCGGCAUCUGCUACCCGUUCAUGGCACUGCUGAACGACAUAUACCCGGACCUGCAUUUCGUCGUGUUUGGCGGUCUGGCGGCCGGCUCGGGUCUACUCAACCUCAGUCUACCGGAGACGCUGGGCCGACCUCUACCAGAAACGGUAGAGGAACUGGCGGGGACAGACCGCUCCACCGAGAUGUAUUCUCCACUGCGACACGUAGAAGAUGAUGAAGGGGGCAGUGAUAGCGAGCUACCGUCGACCGGACGAAAACGGUCUGUCAAGGCUGUGUGAUGGCUAUGGCAGGGAGAAGAGAAGGUGAAGGACAGGAAAGGGUUUUGGUUUGUUUGGUUAGGAAUGGAGAAACGGGUGCAAAAUGUUUGCCGUCCGUAUGAAGUGUUCUCCGUUGGAGGGCGUAUUGUUGUGAGGUGUGAUCAGAGUUAUUGUUAGUGAGUUAUCGUGAAGCUGUGCAGUUUGUGAUGUCUCGAUAAGUAGGAAUAGAAAGGAAAACAUACUUUUUGCCAAAUUCAAAUCAGUUGAUAUCGAAAGGAUUCGUAAAAUCAACCCUAUUAUAAACAAAUGCAAGGCUUGAAAUUCCAAUUGCCAAAACUAUCGAAAUCAGUUUUGUAUCAGGUAACCAAAAAUUCGAUAACCCAUAAGUAGAGUUAUUAAGUGGUUGAAAUUGUGUUGCUGAAAUUUGUAUAUUGAGAAGAACGUAUCACCGCUGAGUCAGGAUUAGACCGCUAUUUUCUCGCUAUUUUCCAUACAUUUUACAACGGUUUUGUGCUAGAGCCUCUUAGAGGUCAAAGUUCGGUGGGACUAAGAGCUGGCCGGAGGUUUGUGAGCAGUUCUCGGUAGAAUAUGACCGUCCAACCCACACGGGCCUCAACUGCCUCAAUGCCAGGCCCGGCCCCCGCGUGCGGCGCACCGGGCAAAACUGAUACCACUUAUUAGUCAUUCCAGACUGGUAGUUGUGUUACAUUUUAGCCGUUCUCUGGGUGUAGUGAUUUUAUGCAGUGGAAUCUGCUGCAUGGUCGAUAGGAGGUACUUACGAUACGAGCUGUGUAUAAUCUUCCAGCCUGAGUACUGGACUGACAGACCUGGAAAAAUAUUUUAUGGUCCGAAAUAGAUAGAAUAUAUCAGUCUAUUUGAGUAGCACUCUAUUUGAGUAGUAGGGAGAGAUGGGUAGGAUUUCUCAUGCUCUCUUUGAAUGGAUAGAAGCUUUUAUGGUUUCUUGGGUACCUAAGGAGGACAUGAAUCGAAUAUUCCAAACGAGUAGAGUUUGUCGUGCACGUUGUUCUUUGUUUAUAUUUAUUUGAAAGUGAAGCAUGUCCACGGUUUAUUUUUAAAUAUUAUGUUUUCAUCUAUUGUUCUCCCCUUGAUGUGAUGUAGAUUUAUGUCACUACAUAUCUAGCAUAAAUAGCUAUUUUUUUCUGAAAACUUUAUCAGCAUGUUUUGUUUAUUUACCUUGACCCUAUAGAUAAAUCUUAGUGAAUUUAUUUGCACAUUGCUCUUAUCUUCAUGUGCUCGAAAUUAUCGCACUGUGCUGCAUUUUGUAACACGUAUUUUAAUUCCAUAGCAUCCUGAUUGAUGUCUAAUGCUGACGCUGUCUUUGGUGAGGUGUAUGGUGCGUCAUCCUAGCGACUGAACGGUGUCUACCGCAUAUCCGCUGCAAAUGUUACGUGGGUUUUGUCCUGCUAGGUUAAAAGGGACGAAGGGCUGUGUGCGACUUGGUGUCAGUGGUCUUCCAUGUAGACUGCGGCAGGAUGCUUCAUUUCGGAGUAAUCGAUCUAUCCCAUGGCUUCCGUUGAAUGGCGAACAGAGUUUAAACGUGCGGUCGACCCCUGAGCGCUGCUCACGUCUAGUGUGGUAGGUAUAUUUGCUAUUGCAAGCAUAUCCGAGGCUAAAACGGCGGUCCGAAUGGGUCAUCUGAACGGUCGUCGGUUGUUACCGUCCGUUGCCGUCCGCCACUCCCGUCGAACAGGGCCUCAUUGAAGAGCUGUUGGUGUAUGGUGCAUGGACUCGUUCGGUGAGAAAUACAACGAAUUUUUAUAUA